AUGUGUUUAUCAUCAUAUUGUAAAACAAUUCAUCAUAUAUAUUUUAAUUAUCAUUUUGGUGAAUCAACAUCUCGAUGGAUAAAUUCAAAAUUUACUCGUCAUUUUCAAUUUGCAUUACGUAUGUUUAUUGGAUUUUGUCUUUCUGCUUUUAUUGCUUAUGGAACAAGAUUAAGAGAUCGUCUUACACUUAAAUUUAUGAUACCUGGAAUGACAAUAUUAUCAAUAAAAGAAACAUUUGCACAAUUAAAAACAAGUUUAUUAAAUUUAAGUACAUGUCAAUCAUUAUUUAUUUCAUCUUUAAUUCCUCAUUCAUCUAUAACUCGUCAUGAAUUAUUGAAUAAUUUGACAAAUCUUCAAUUAAGUUAUGAUAGAGUUCGUUCAUCAUAUAUUGAAACUCGUCUUAAUUUAAUAAAAGAUAGAUUUCAAUCAUCAAAAAUAAUUCAAUCUGAAGAUCAUUUAUCACAUUCUUUUUUUCUUUUUCAAUUAUGUUCAAUUGUUCGAUUAUUAACUAAAUCAACAUUAAUUAAUAGAGAUAAUAAAAUAAAUAAACGAAAAUCAUUUAAAAAUUGUUUCAAAGGAGAUUGGUCGAGAUUUGUAACAGCAUUAAAAACAACAAUUAUUAUUGGAAUUGGUUCAAUAUUUGUUAUGAUUCCUAAUUUAGCAAAAAAAUUUGAAAAUGGUCAAUGGAUUUUAAUUGCACUUUGUAUGACACAAGGAGAUACAGUUGGUGGCGCUUUUACAACUAUUAAAAUGAGAUUAAUUGGAACUUUAUUUGGUGCUAUGUGGGCAUAUAUUACAUAUUUAUCAGCUGGAAAUGAUAUAUUUAAAACAAUAAUAAUGCUUUCUCCAUGGAUGUUUUUUUGUGGUUAUAUGAAAUUAUAUCCUCAAUGGGGUUAUACU